ACAGCGGAACACUGAGUUAAGUAUUAACAGGGUCCGAAAGUCAUUUGACCAUCAGUAUUUGUUGGCCAACAUGGCCAAUUGUUUGGGUGUGUUACUGAUUAAAGAGCUUGGCGAGCCUCUCUUUAGGAGGACGGACAAUGGCAUGUGCGAUAGGGAAAAGGUGUGGCCAUGUUAAUUACUUGGAGGAAUGGAGUGAACAUGAGACAGAGAGGGAAACAGGGAGUGGACGGACAUACAGUCAGAGCGCUGAAGGAAUCUCAAGGUGUGACAGUGUCCCAGCCCAGACAUUAUGACCAGUUUCAGCAUGAAUAAUAAUCAGGCAAAUGGUCCCAUCUUUGACAACAUGGGGUUCCAGCAAGACGACGGAAGACCCCCCCCAUACAGCCCUCAGCAUGGGAUGUACCCGGCCCUGCCACAAGAGACCCCCUGCUAUGUUCCCACGACUCCAAGACUCAUCAACACUCACCACACUGUAACGCCUGGAACUCCACAUAACACAGGACAAAAUAAUGGAACAAAGAGAUGUCACUGGAAAAAUGUCCUGUGUGUAUCUCUGUGUGUGGCUCUUUUCCUGGCUGUGGUCGGCAUCUUGCUCUGGUACUUCUUAUACUACCAGUGUUUACUGGGGAAGUCGUGUAGGAGUGGUGGGAAGUGUCUGAGCCCGUCGCAGUGGUGUGAUGGUGUCAGGGACUGCUCGCACGGAGAGGAUGAAUCUCAGUGCUUUCGUCUUCAAGGGACUAACUUCAUGCUGGAGACUUACUCAUCAGGCAGCCAGACGUGGAUGCCCGUGUGUGCUGAGGACUGGGACAACAACUAUGGGAGAACUGUGUGUGAGCAGAUGGGCUACAUGAGGCAGGAUUAUGUGACCUCCAGCCAAAUCAGUGCAGGUUCUUUGGCCUCCAAAGGAUACAUGAAGCUGAAGCCUGGCAGUAACCAUAAAUCACAUUUACAGUCACAGCUCACUCACAGCCAAAGUUGCUCUUCCAGAGCUGUGAGACUUAAUUGUAUAGAAUGUGGAGAGAGCUCAGCAGCCCCCAGUUCCCGAAUCGUCGGUGGUACAGAGGCUGUGAAUGGAGCCUGGCCGUGGCAGGUCAGUCUCCAGAUCUAUGGUCAACACAUUUGCGGAGGUUCCAUUAUCAGCCCUUACUGGAUCUUGUCUGCUGCACACUGCUUCCAAGAGUACUCCAGUCCUCAGGUGUGGAGGGUUAACUCUGGUGAUGUGAGCUUGCGCAAAAUGGGCAUUGGCAAAACUGUUGACAAAAUCAUCAAUCAUGAAAAAUAUGACGCAGAAACGCAUGACAAUGACAUUGCCCUAUUAAAGCUCAGUACUCCUCUGACUUUUACAAAAACAGUAAAGCCAGUGUGUCUUCCCAACUUUGGCCUGAACCUCUCUGCUGGACAUCAAGCUUGGAUCACAGGAUGGGGGACCUUGAGCUCAUCUGGACGCUCCCCCAACACACUAAAUCAGGCCCAGGUGACCAUUUACAGCAGAGAGACCUGUAACAGUCAAGAGGUGUUAGACGGAAAAGUCAGUCGGACCAUGAUCUGUGCUGGGAAACUGCAGGGAGGAGUCGACACGUGUCAGGGUGACAGUGGAGGGCCUCUGGUUGUCAAGGAGGGAAAUGUAUGGUGGCUGGCAGGGGACACCAGCUGGGGGAUUGGAUGUGCUUGGAGGAACAAGCCAGGAGUCUAUGGCAACGUAACCUACUUUACUGACUGGGUAUAUGGACAAAUGCAGAAAAAAUGAUGGAAACUUCCACAAACAUGAAGACAUACCUCUUUCAUUCAUCAGUGGUACUCACACACCUUGCACUUUGAAUCUGGAGCUCCGCAGGAAAAAAGAUUGCACAAACAAAACUGAUCCUUUCAUUAUUUUUCUAUGCCAGUUAUUAAUACAGAUUAAAUGUUUGUAUUUCAACAAAAUCAAUCCAUUUUGUUGUAAUAAAACACAUUUUGCACAAA